AUGACUCUCGGUCGUCGUGUUAACACGGCUAGUUGUCCGAGCUAUUCUUGGGAUCGAAUGCACCGUCGCCACCUUGUCGUGCCCUCUAGCGCCAUGCUGGAGAGGACUGCGACGAGCAUUGAGCCGUGCAGCAGCAGCCUCCAGCGAGCUCUCCCCUCGGCCAGGUCCUGUUUGCAAAACCGCCGCAAGCUUCAUAUCGCCUUCUUUCACCAUGGUGCUGCCGAAAUUGAGCUCCUCGACGCUUAUCAGGCCCUCAUGCGGCAGGCCCCGGCCGAGUCGAAGAACCAAGCGAUACCAACGAAACACAACCAGAGAGCCGAAGCCAUGUCAACAUCUGGCCUCCUUCUCGACUUCCUGUACCCUAGUGGAACCGCCGCGCUCUUGCGGAGGCCGUAUCCGAUCCACCCGGUGCGUCUGGAGUCGGCAUCGAGGCCACAAAACCACCUGUCGCGCCUCUUUACGUCCGCCGCCUCUCCUCGUCGGUCCAAUCAGCCCUCGAAACAGCAUGGCGCUGCCGAUGAACCCGCCGGCUUAGAAGGGGCAGAAGAGGCAGAAGAGGAAGGCCUCGGGGAGGAACGAGACCACGAACAGGAGACCACGGCUGAGGAUGCUAAAGAAAAUGCCGCCUUUGCAACUCCUGGAAUGUUGCGUAAACUGCUAUAUUCGGACCGCGUCGGGGCCUACGAUCAAAUUUUCCAACACUACAUGAAACUCGAUCCGAGCUUGAGGGGCGACUUUACCACAGACGUGCUGCUUGCUAUCUCGGCAUCAACCCGGCCGAUCGAGGCGUGGAGAGUCAACGAUCUAUUCGCCAAGUAUCAGCUCGACGAGUGGACCGAGGAACUUGUCCGCGCGGCAGUCAAGGCGCAGCUCACGCUGCACAAAGUUCCGGAAGCCAUGGCGAUUUACAGACUUGCCCUGGAGCAGCGCGGCCUCGGGGGGGCUCUAGAUUACAUUGCCGCCUAUGGAUUCGAGCUGUCGUCAUGGAACCUCGUUCUCGAAGCCUGGGAGCUCUACCUAAGCAUCAAGGGUAAUGAGGAGCCGGUGUAUGCGCCAUCGGCUCGGGUUAUCGGAGAGACUGCCAAGUCUCCAGAAGGAGAUGAAAUGAGUCAAGGGGCUGAGUCGACGCAGGCCGCCGGCAUCGAUUCUACCCCUGAGCCAGGGACUGCACAGGAGGAUGGGUUAAGUGGCACGCAGAUACCAGAUGGUGAUCCAGGGGUUGGAGCAUCGGCUGUUCAAGAACCCCAAGCUCUGUCGGAGCCAACAGGUGAGCAAACAGAAACAAAUGAUCCUGGCUCGGAGGUUGGGCAGCUUCAAGAACCACGGCCGGGGAACGGGUCUGGAUUCCCGACUCUGGCGGCGGCGACAGAUUUUGAGGCCAAAGUGAAAGAGCUGUACAAGUUCCUGGAGAACAACCCCGAAACCCUGUCUGAGCGCACUGCCCUCGUCGACUCCUUUCUCAGGCAUCUCGUCAGACACUCGCUGGAGCUGUUCCGGGCUUCCGACGUCGUUUUUAUGCUCCACCGUGCCGAGGAUCCACGCUCCUACGAGCGCUUCAUAAUUUCCAGCGCGGAGCAGGACCGGAAGCGGCUUGCCGGCGAUCUGUACAGAAAAUACAGGGCGCUCCCCGGCGUGCGGGUGGACGAAUCCGUUCUUCGGGUCAUGAUUGACGUCUUUUUCCCAAACAAUGUUGUGGGGAUGGAACAACUCCUCGAGGACUGGUACCGUGGUUAUGGCCAGUUGGACCAGAGAGCGUACCAUAAGUACAUGGCUUUCUAUGGUGGACGCGGUGAUGUCAAGUCCAUCACACGGCUGGUCGAGGAAUAUACCAAGCACUUUAACGUCAAUCCCCAGGAUGAGCCAAGAUUUAUCAACACACUCAUGCAGGCCCAUGCUGUCAGGGGCGAUCCCGAAGCCGCCCGCCAAGUCAUGGUGGAUGCUGCCGAGAGGACAGGUGAGGCACCAGUCAUGAAGCAGUGGAACAUCUUGAUGAACGCCCACACCAAGGCUGGAGAUUACAAAGGUGCCAUUGAACUCUUCUCGCAAAUUUGCGAAGAACUCGAACCGGACGAUUACACCUUUGGAACCAUGAUGGGCAUGGCUGGCUUCCGCGGUGAUUUGCAGUUCACGCUCGAGCUGUUUCAGCUUGCGAGGGACCGGAACGUACAGCCAGAUUCGGCCAUGGUGAAGGCGUUGGUUGAGGCGUACUGCCAGAAUGACCGGUUUGCCGAAGCUGAAAAGCUCUGUGUCAGCGUUACUAAGAAAAAGGAGAUGCCCGGCAAUUAUACCCUGCUUUGGAACACGCUUCUCCAACACAACGCGAGGCGGCGAGACCUGUCCACCGUCAACCGGCUGCUGGAGUUCAUGUCCUCGCAGGGGGUCGUUUACAACCAGGAGACAUACAGUCAUCUCCUUCUUGCCCUGCUAUACGCCCGGCAGUCGCAUCAUGCCAUGCAUCUUCUACGAGUCGCCCAUCGUGAAGGCGUAUUCGAGCCUACGGCCGAUCACUUCGUCCUCCUUAUGGCGGCCUUCAUCAACAGCGGCGAGCCACACAUGACGCUGAAGACCAACCAACUGAUGGCCCAAAUGAAUUUCCCGCAAUCAGCUAUGCGUAUGACUAAAGUCAUUGACGCGCUAGGGAGAUGGCAACAGCUGCCGUCCAGCAAGCGGCGAGGCGUCGGGGCCGAGCACUUUUUGAAAAAGAUUCUCCACGAUUUCUACAAGGCCAUGGAACGGGAGGACCAAGGCGCGCCCGACGACAUCCGUUCCGUCAUCGGUCUCUACUCCAAGGUGCUCUUUAUCUUGACGCAGAUGCGCGAGCACGCCACGGUGCAGCAACUUAUUAACCUCCACAACACCCGCUACCCCGCGCGUGCAUCCCAGGAGACGGUCCCACUCAAACUGCUCCACCAGAUCAUGCUCGCCGACUUCUUCGAGAAGAAGUACCAGCGUGUCCACGAGACGUGGGCUCUCAUCCUCAAGCGCACCAGCAAGCGCUACCAGCCCGCCUCGUCCCACCUUAACCCAGACGAGAACGACGAUCCAGAAAACCCCUCCAAACCGGUCGUCUACGCACAGCGCUUCCGGCUCUGCGACCCUCUUAAGACAAUGCAGCGACUGUUCCUCGAGGAGAAGGACCCGGACGGCCUGCUCGCCCUAGUCGCCACGGUCCGCCAGCGCGGGUUCGACCUCGACAGCAAGAACUGGAACUACCACGUGCAAGCUCUCGCGCGGCUCAAGAAAUGGCGCGAGGCCUUCACCGUCUGCGAGAAGGUGCUCAUGCCGCAGUGGGCCGGCUGGUACGCGGUGCGCGCCGAGGGCCAAGUCAAGAACCAGGUGCCGCUGGAACUGCGCCGCGCGGGCACCAACCCGCACCGGCCGCGGCCCAUCGCCCACACCCUGCUCGUUCUGGCCAAGGAGUAUAUGGAUUUGGAGCAGAUGAUGCUCUGGUCGCGCGAGGCGAGCCGCCAGUUCCAGUACAUCAACGAGAGCUGCACCAAGACGGUGAGGGCGGUUACAAGCAUGCAUCGUUCCGGCUCGCGGCUAGAGGCGCAGAUCUUUGGGGAGGCCAGGAGGAAGGGCUUGGAGGAGGUGCCAGAGCCGGAGCCUGAAGAUGAGGAAGAGGAGGAAGGUGGUGAGGGAGAGGACGGCGAGGAGGGCGUGGCGAAGAAGAGGAAAGAGGAUGAGGCGACAUGGAAGGGUGGCCGGUUGAUCAGGACUGAUGAGAAAAAGAAAGUGAAGCGCCCUGAGCCUCAGGUUUGGUCCGAGGGCGGGUUCCUGAAUGUGGGAGACGCAUCCCAGAUUAAAAAGGGGGAUCAGGACCUGUCGGAGGAGGAUAUCAUCAACGCCUUAAAGGACGGGGACGGUCAGUGA